AUGUCGGCUGCGGCCCCCCGCAUGCAGCCGACAGCAGCCGCAGAUGCCACAGCAUCGGUGGCGGCGGCAGUUGCUGCGCAAAAAAACUGGCCUAGUGCUGCCAGGACUACUCGAGCCUUUCUUCUUAGUGGCUCCAAAGCUACCAAAGCAACAGCACUACCAUCGCCAACACCUCUGCCCCCCGAUGCAGCAACAGACGCCGAUUUAGCUGCCGCAGGCCGUCUCUGGGAGCCGGCAAACGCAACCCUAAGAGACUUGUUGCAGCGACGGCUGCUGGCGAACGUCAGCGACAUGAAGGCUCUCGAGGCGCUCCUCGCGACGCCCCCCCCCCCCGACAGCGGGGGGAGUGCCAACGCAGCCUGCGCGGGAGUAUCAGCGAAGAGGGCACUUUCGGAGCAGCCUCCGCCACUUUCCGAGGCUGUGCCUCACGUCCAUGUGCGACAAUUUCCUCUGUACACCCCCCAUGAUGGUAGCGGGGGGAGCAAUGAGGCCGAAGGAACCGCUCCCGCCGUAUCCUUCUACAUGGGGAUCGACAUGACUGGCCCUUCGCUUCACGCAGGGCAAAAGCAGCAAGCGCCGCUCCCGACCCCCCUCGUCGUGCAGAACGAUACUUGGCUCGACAGCAUCCCCCUAGGGGCUUUCCUUGCAUGCGCUGCACGCCGCCUGCCUCUCGCCGACAUCCUUCCCCGCAGCAUGGCGAAGGGGGCGGAGCGGCACUUCAAGCCGGAGCCAGCAACAGCAGCACCAGCAAGAGCACCGUCCGGCAGCUGUGGAGAGGCCCCCUUGGCGCCUGGGGAUUUUACAGCGCCCGUAGAGGUGGCUGCUGCCGAUGUGCGAAAGCAGAAGCAGCACCAGCAGGAGGAGGCGCAGCAACAACAGCAGGGGCAGGGGCAGCAACAGCAGCAGCUGCUGGGUGUCGGUACAGCAGCGGCGACUGCUGCAGACAUCGGCUACGCGUUACUGCAAGCGCUAGAUUUCGUGCUGCUUGCGCGGUGUCUCCGUUGUUACUGCCAGAUCGGGGGCAGAGAUCAAUGGAAGAACAUAUCCACGGGCCUGCACGUAGCUCGGCGUCUGCUUCAGGAGCAGCCGCAGUACAGACACAGUGCGCAGCAGUUGGUGGGGGUGACCACAGAGUUGAUGGAGGGGCCAGGGGGAAUUAAGAUGGGAAAGAAUGCGGCGCCUGCAGGGGCCCCUCUGUGGCUUUGUCCUUCGCGCUGCAGCCCAGUAGAUUUUUGGCAGAACUGCAGAAACACCGGCGAUCAAGACAUCCAGAGGAUGCUUCUCUGGUUCUCGGAUCGGCCGGCGCAGGAAAUUCUGAUGGACACCCGCGAUGAGUCACCAGCCAAUAUCAACAGGCUCAAGGUGGCUUUCGCUGACGAACUGACGCUGCUAGUCCACGGCGAGGAGGGCCUGCAGCGGGCGCACGCCGCUGCGUCUCUUCUUUCUCGCCAUCGCGGCAGCAGUAUUACUGGCAAAGAAGCCAGGACGGGUGAUAGCAGCGGCAGCAACCAAAACAGCAGCAGCAACACCACCACCCCCACGGCAAAUGACGGAGCUUCCUCAUUGCCAGUAGAGCUGCUACCCACGCAUUUUAUUUCAUCAGCCGACUUCGCCGAGGAGCAGGGGCCUGCGCUGCCUCGUGUGAUGCGUGCUGUCUCCCUGGCGGCAUCUGCCCUAGAGGCCUCGCGGCUCAUGAGAGGGGGCGCAGUACGUCUCAACGGCGAGAAGGUCACAGAUCCGAAUCGGCGAUUGAUGCUGUUCGAUUUCAAACAGCAGAAACCCCCAGAGGGGCAGGCACCCGCACUUGCUGUGCUGACAGUUGCAAAGAAUCGCGUUGCAGCUUUGGCUGUGAAGGAGUCUGAAAGUCGGGGGCCCUCUCCCCACAUCUGGGGGGCUUCUGAGGGAAGAAACACGCACUAG